UUGUUUCUGCCCAAUAAUUGUCGACAGGAGGUUGCCCUUGUUUGUUUGUCUUGUGGAAGAGGAAGACUGGCUGAGCUGCGGCGUGUAAGAAUGAUUUGAUACUAAAUUGCCAUGGAUGACGCCUAUUUAAUAGAAAAUUCAACAAGUUGGAAAUGGCUGUGCUUACAAUGGCUACAGAGACAGAAAAGGCCCGUGCCCUCCUGCAGACCUUCAGCACUGCCUCCAUCAUAGCCAGCACAGGACUGGGGAUGUUCUGUUUUUUUGCGGAUAGGUUUCUGGAGUUUUCUUUCAUCCAGCACAAUGAUUGGCUCAGGGCUCUUUCGGACAAUGCGGUUCACGGUGUGGUGGGCCUGUGGUCUUGGGCCAUCGUCAUUGGAAUACGGAAGAAGAGUGACUUCUGUGAAGUAAUUUUUGCCGGUUUUCUUGCCUCUGUCAUCGAUCUUGACCACUUCUAUUUAGCUGGCUCUCUUUCACUUAAAGCUGCUCUGCAUCUUCCUCAAAGACCCCCUCUUCACUGCUCCACGCUUAUCCCAGCUGCAUGCAUCUCUCUAAAAUUCCUCAUGUGGAUUUGCAAGCUAAAGGACUCCUGGUGUUUCCUUCCUUGGAUGCUCUUUAUUUCCUUGGCCUCUCACCAUGUGCGAGACGGUAUCCGCCAUGGACUUUGGUUCUGUCCAUUUGGAAGUACAGCUCCUGUGCCCUAUUGGCUGUACGUAGCAAUCACUGCAUCGUUACCUCACCUCUGUUCAGUACUCAUGUACCUGACAGGCACCAGGGAAAUGAUUUCCACAAAGCACGGCAUUGCCAUAGAUGUGUGAAUGUUCUGGGUUAUGAACUUUCUGAGUGUUUAUUCCCUGUCUGUCAAAAAGUAAUGUGUUGGCAAGCUGUCGUGUUGCAAUUGCUGGUGUGUAAAGGUUGGUUUGUGAGUGUUUUGCUACAGCACUGUACAAUAGAUUAUUUCACUGGAGGGAAUUUUUUUAAAAAUGUUUUUAAAUGUAGGUUUGGGAGGCUCCCAGUUAACCACUAACUUAGAAAUAUAACCCAUUUUAUUGUCCUUUCCUUUUGCAGCCCACUACCCCCCUAUCUCCUCCCUUGUCGUGACCCCAAGAGUGGGUAGUCUAAAUUUCGUAAACCAGUGCACUACUCCGGCAGUAGCCCCUCUUGAUUGAGACAAACAUUCCAUGUAACAAACACUAUUAAUUCAGUAUCUUCAUAAUGUCAUCAUAUAGCAAGUUGUUGGUGUUGUGACUCCUUGUGUGUUACUUUAACCUAUCAUUUAAAUCCGGUAUGGUUUAAGAUUUAAAUGUUGGUCCUGUGUCCAGCUUUUCUGUAUAUUUUUAAUUACAUUCUAAGUGGAGCACAGUUCUUUUCACUGGGUUUAGAAGAUAGAUUGCAUCAAGUUUCACAAUGGACACAAACACUGUAAUUAGAACUAUAAUAACGCAGGUCAAAAUGAAGGAAUAAACUACCUAAAGGAAGUUAUUUGGGUAAAUCUGUUCCUCCUUAUUAAUUUAUACAGUAUGUUGAUGUGACUUUUAUUCAACCAGAGUAAUAAAAACAUGAAUACAAAAAUAA